UCGCUUGAGGCAUGUCUGGGCCGGGGAAGGGGAUUGGGCUCCGGUGGCGAGGUCGGGACCUGAUAGCCUUCGGGUUAGCUGAGAGGCACAACUUAGUUUUGAGUUGGUGUGGAGUGGGUUGGUUAGAGAUCGGCCAGAGAGGAAGGGGAUGCUGAGAACCUGAGAUGUGGAGAGAGGGUGGGGUGAGGGGCACAUUUGUAAACUCUAAAGGGAUAAGAAAUGUGACCUGGGUUCAAACCCGUCAGCAUUGUUGUUUUAUUCUCCUUUAACGUUGCUGUGAGACUGUAUUCUUUGCCUCUUCACUGCCUUCCCGUUUUUGCCUCAUUUCUGGUUUAGGGGAGAGAGUGCGUGUCAUAAUUCCUUCUUUCCCAGGCGGCAUUCUGAGGGGCGCCCUCUGAUGAGCAUGUGGGCCUAGAUCAGUGUCCUCCAGGGAGGGUUGAAGACAUUUCUCUCCAAUUUGAUGUGUAUUGUCAGACACGUCCUUAUUACCUGGAAAGAAUGUUUAGCUCAGAGAUUGGUUCAUUGUGGAUUGAGGUCCACGGAGGUAAGCAACCAUGCGAGGCAGAGGGCAAGGAGAUAUUGCUGAAAGGAGGUACUGGUUCUCCAGCUCUUGGACACCUGGCACCAGCUGUGGAGUCCAUCUAGGUUACCAGUAUCAUCAAAUAACAGUAAUAGUGGCUCGUGACACUGUUUGCCCUUCCGGUGUUAUACAUCAGGGAGCGCUAUAAAGAAAUCCAGGUGAAAUGAAUAGAAAUAGUAGAGCCACCAUGUGAAUGGGUCUGAGCAGGAAGUAAUCCCCUGUGGAACUUUUCACCUUGCACUUGGUGGGAUCUCAACACUUGACUUAAUGAGGCUCCCCUGUGGGAGACUACUUAAAGAAGCUGUGGGGGAUUCUGAUGCUGACCACUGGUUAAGAGCCAUUCUGAUACCAUAUUUAUUUACAAAGUGUUCAUACUUAGCAACCUCUCAAGAGUCCUAUGAGAAGACCACAAGAAGUGGAGAUGAAAUGGACUCAGGGCCAGGGCACACCACACCACAGGAGUGGGAGGAUAAAUACGAAGUCACUGUCCAGGUCAUGCACAGCCACUGUGGAAAGGAGAUGUGGACAAGUAUCCUACCUCUUCGAUGUACUUGACUACUUGCUUUGAGUAUAAUGUUGCAGAGACUUUUGGGCGGGGGAAGAUAUCAGCUCUUUCUUGGAUUCUGGAAAGUUUGUUGGAAGGAAAGAAACUGUUAGGCAUACUCAGAUCAGAUUAUUUUUUCAGCAAACAUCUGGCAGAGAUUGGAAUAAGAGAGUGAAUAAAGAACUGACCUCAUGCUGCCCCAAAUUCUGAUUCCACAUGUAGUGGUUAACUCUGAGAGAGAAAUAGGGUUUGGCCUUCUGUUUCUCAGCUUUAAGGUGGUGCUUAGAAAAAAUAAGUAACCUAUUUGACAUUACGUGGCUAGUAAGGGCUAGAGACAGACUUUUUUCUGACCCAGGUCUGUGUGACUCUUGAGCUAGUGUUGUUUAGGGUACCUCACUGCCUUCCAGUGGCUACCAGCCUUAUAACCAACAGUAGAACAGAUAAGGACUUUUAAGUUUAUAUUUUACAAAGAUCUUUAAAUAUUUCUGUUUCAAGAGAUCCUUUAUGAAAUACUGCUGUAGAGGUGUAAACUUCAGCCAAGGCUUUGUCUGCAAUGUCAGUUUGCUGUUAGCUACUGCUCAAUAGGCAGGGGCCAGCUAAGUCAUUCAGAACCACUGAAGUCCCCAAGUCUCUUUUUUGUGUUCUAAUUUGAGCUUGGCUGUAAGCUGCUUGAACUUUUUUAAUGCCACAAAGUCCAUUGCUCUUAGAAUUAGCUCUGAUUUUUUUUUUUUCUUUACCCAGAAAAUAUCAGGUUUUAGAGCUGAAGUAUGACUGCCAUUGUCCUACCCGACUCAUUUGGAAAUGCCCUUGCAUGCUUUUGUGUAGGCAGGAUGGUGGACAUGUGAUUCUGCUAAGUAUUAAGGUUCAUAUUAAUUCUCUACAGAUGGAAUAGAUGUGGAACCUUAGCCAAGUGUGCUUUCACGCCUCGUGCUAUCUCCAAGGCACCAUGAAUGCCAUCGUUGCUCUCUGUCACUUCUGUGAGCUCCAUGGCCCCCGCACUCUCUUUUGUACUGAAGUUCUGCAUGCCCCUCUUCCAAAAGGGGCUGGGAAUGGGGACAGCCCUGGCCAAGGGGAACAGGCCGAGGAGGAGGAAGGUGGCAUUCAGAUGAGCAGUCGGAUCCGUACUCACAGCCCAGCAGAAGGAGCCAGUGCAGAAUCCAGCAGCCCAGGACCUAAAAAGUCAGACAUGUGUGAGGCAAGUGUUUCUCAGGGCUGCCGGUCACUUGCUGCAGGGCAUCCCGGGUAUAUCAGUCAUGAUAAAGAGACUUCAAUUAAAUAUGUCAGUCACCAGCACCCCAACCACCCCCAGCUUUUCAGCAUUGUCCGCCAGGCUUGUGUGCGGAGCCUGAGCUGUGAGGUCUGUCCUGGCCGUGAAGGCCCUAUCUUCUUUGGGGAUGAGCAGCAUGGGUUUGUGUUUAGCCACACCUUCUUCAUCAAAGACAGCCUGGCCAGGGGCUUUCAGCGCUGGUACAGCAUCAUUGCCAUCAUGAUGGACCGGAUUUACCUCAUCAACUCCUGGCCCUUUCUGCUUGGGAAGAUCCGAGGGAUCAUCGAUGAACUCCAGGGCAAGGCACUCAAGGUAUUUGAAGCAGAGCAGUUUGGAUGCCCACAGCGUGCCCAGCGAAUGAACACGGCUUUUACACCAUUUCUGCACCAAAGGAAUGGCAACGCUGCCCGUUCACUGACAUCUUUGACAAGUGAUGACAACUUGUGGGCUUGCCUCCACACCUCCUUUGCUUGGCUCCUGAAAGCGUGUGGUAGCCGGCUGACUGAGAAGCUCCUGGAGGGUGCGCCCACUGAGGACACCUUGGUUCAGAUGGAAAAGCUUGCGGACUUAGAAGAGGAAUCAGAAAGCUGGGACAACUCUGAGGCUGAAGAGGAGGAAAAAGCCCCUGUCUUGCCAGAGGGUGCAGAAGGGCGGGAGCUGACCAAAUGCCCAACAGAUUUUUCCUUGCACUUAGACUGUGGAAACUGGCAGCCGCGAAAGUUGUCUGUCUUUAAGUCCCUUCGGCACAUGAGGCAGGUCCUGGGUGCCCCAUCUUUUCGCAUGUUGGCCUGGCAUGUUCUCAUGGGGAACCAGGUGAUCUGGAAAAGUAGAGACGCGGACCUUGUCCAGUCAGCUUUUGAAAUUCUUCGGACCAUGCUGCCAGUGGGCUGUGUCCGCAUUAUCCCUUACAGCAACCAGUAUGAGGAGGCCUACCGGUGUAACUUUCUGGGCCUCAGCCCACAUGUGCAGAUCCCCUCCCACGUGCUGUCCUCAGAAUUUGCUGUUGUAGUGGAGGUCCAUACGGCCACUCGUUCCAGCCUCCACCCAGUCGGGUGUGAGGAUGACCAGUCUCUCAGCAAGUAUGAGUUUGUGGUGACCAGUGGAAGUCCUGUAGCUGCAGAUCGAGUUGGCCCAACCAUUCUGAACAAGAUGGAAGCUGCUUUGACCAACCAGAAUCUGUCUGUGGAUGUGGUUGACCAGUGCCUCGUCUGCCUCAAGGAAGAGUGGAUGAAGUGGACAGUCGACCCAAAGAAGACACUCAGAAGCUCCUAAGUAUCCUCGGAGCAUCCGAGGAGGACAACGUCAAACUGCUCAAGUUUUGGAUGACAGGCCUGAGCAAAACUUACAAGUCACACCUCAUGUCCACAGUCCGUAGCCCCACAGCCUCAGCCUCGUAAUUGAUCCCACCAUGG